AUGAUUGAGAUUCAAGUAAUUGAGGUUUUGGGGUUUAUGAUUGGAUUAGGGGUUUCACUGUUGAAGGCAUUGGAUCCAAUAUCGACCAUGGAUCCGCAGCACGCCUUCCUUAUUAUGUCUUUCUCACUUGUUGAAAAGAAAUUACAUUUUAAUACCCUUAUUUUUCCGGUUGCAUUUGCUAGUUUGACAUUAAAUGGCUUAUGUGGACUAAGGAGGAAAAUGGAGGAUGUGUAUGAUUUGGAUACUAUAGAUGUGAAGCUUGAUGAUUAUUUUAAGAGGAAACCAAUUUCCCGAUGCAGAGAUGAAUUUCUAAACAUUCUUUAUGAAGAAGACGGUGACGAUGACGAUGAUGCAGAUGAUGAUGCUCAAGCUCAAAAUAAUGCUCGAACUCAAAACCAUAACCAAGAAUCGUACUUAGAGUAUGUGCAAGGUAGUGAUGAAGAAGAGACUAAUGAUGAUUUCGAGUAUUACACCCACAACCCAAAGGUGAAAUGGAACUUAAUGAGACCAGUGCUCGGUGAAAGGGACAAAACAAGGGGUGGUAGUGGUCUUUGUGUAAUCAGUGAUCAACACAAGGGUCUUCUUGAAUAUUCAAUCAAGAAGAUGGAUGAAUUUGGUGAAUAUAUUAAGAGUUCGUUUAUAGUUCCAAGUGGCUUGAAUGCAUAUGAAGGGGAUGGAGUCACUGAUGAAGUCCCUCAUGCAAAUGUGGAGAGUGAGAUACUCCCAAAUAAAGUCCUUCAUGCAAAUAUGGAUAGUAAUAUACAUCAUGCUAAUAUGGAGGAUGAAAAUUAUGAUGCUGAUGUGGAGAAUGUAGAAUCUCAUGCUAAUGUGGAGAAUGCAGAAUCUAAGGAUGAAAAUGAAAUACCUAAAAUAAAGAGUCAAAUCUACAACCCGAGAGCUUCAAAAUACAGUAUUGAAGAAAUCAUGGAAUGCCUUGGUUUAACUGAAGAGGAGUUAACUGAGUAUGAAUGGGAUGUUGGUGUUGAUACUCAAGAAGUUACACUUGAUAAUGUUGGUGUUGAUGCCCAAGCAAUCCCUGAUGAAUCACUACUUGAUGAUGAAGUCCAUGAUGAAACAAUCCUUGAUGAUGUAGUCCCUGAUGAAGUAGUCCUUCAAGAUGCAAUCCAUGAAGAAGGUGUCCCUGAUGCAGCAGGCCUUGAAGCAGCAGUCCUUGAAGAAGCAGUUAUUGAUGAUGGCACAGAUGAUAAGGUUAUACAUGGGCCAUAG